AUGGAAGUAUUUUCAGUUCAUGCUUUUGUGUUCACCAUCAUUAGCAGUUACAGUAAAUUAAAAAAGAAAAUGCUUAAAGUUUACAUCUCAUUAGUUCUUCCAUUUUUAUUACUGCAACUUCAGUCGUUUAAAGUUCACGAAGGGAAAGUUGAUAUGAGACUAUUAAGUGGAUUAGAUGAGCCAAAUGAUCUUAGAGACAGUAUCGAUGACGAUGCCACAGCAACUGAAGAAAAGGAAAAAGAAAAUCAUCCCACUUGGUGA